AUGGCACUUGCAGUGCAAAAUGUCUCGUCAGUGUCUGCAGGUGGUACUCCAACUCAAUCAUCAUCAUUACGAGCUGCACGGCCAAUGACAGCUGGCACAAAUCGAUCUGUGAAUUCGAAAUUCGUUGUUGAUUGGACGACUGGUUCAACACCAUCAAAUAAAACAAAAUCAAAUGAUGAUAAUUUACAAGAAGCUUUUCGCCGUUUUCGUGAACAACGUAUGGAUGAAAUCCGUCUUGAACAACGAAUACAUUUAAAAAGGAAAAAGAAAAUUCGACGAUCUGAUCCUGCACGAAUGUAUAAACUACGAUUAAAAUUUGUCGAACAAGCUAAACGAUAUCUAGGAAUACCUUACGCAAAAAAAUAUUUCGAACCUGGAACAUCGGAAUAUGAAUCAAAAUUAUUUCUUGAUUGCUGUGGACUCGUACGACGUGUUAUGUAUGAUUUAUCGAAAGAAUUCGGUUUUGUCGUGGGCCCAUGGAAUCAAUCGUAUAUGUAUGAUACACUACCAAGAACGAUAACACAUCUGUCUGAUGUUCAGCCUGGUGAUCUUGUUUUUAUAUCAGCUACAUAUUACAAUGAGAAGAUGAAAAAGCAACGACAUAAUUUAACACAUGUAGAAAUAAUGUUAGGCGAUGGUGAAAAAACGAUUGGAGCACGAUGGAACAAUGGAAAAGUACAAUUUUUUGAUAGUUAUAAAUUUAUAUCAAAAAGUUAUCAUUCACAAAUUUAUACUAUUAAAUCGCUUGAUCCUUGGCUCAAAGGAAUUUGUAAAAGUUAUUGUUCUGAACAUUCGUGGCGUCGACGACGGCCAAUAAAAGUCGAUAAAAAAUCAAUAUUUUAUUCAUUGGAUCAGCCAAGUGCCGGAAAACGUCGUCGUUUACAAAGUAGUAAACCAAGUAAAGGAACGACUGGCUCAUCGACAACAUCAGUAACUUCUGCGAAUAAAAAGGUUCAUCACCGACGAAAACGACGACGACGAACAGCACGUUCAAAAUCACGUAGACGUUCAAGUUCAGUUAAACUUCCAUACGAAAACACAAUCGAUAAUCCGAAUGAUGAACAAACACCUUCGUCAGCCGGAUUAGAUAUUAAAUCUCUUAGUGAUAAUGAACUUGUUGUUGGUAAUGAUGAUGACGACGACGACGAUGAUGAUGACGAUGAUUCAAUUGAAAUUAUUGGUAAUCAAUUAGCUGAAAUGAAUUGUCAAGCUGAACAGGAACAAUGUGAUGAUUCAGAUUCAUUAGACGAAGCUCUUGAUGCUGAACUUUUAGAUGAUGGAUGUGAAAAUAAUCUUAUUUAA